CCCACGAGAUGGAAUGGCGGCGUGGGAGCCGCGCACCUGAAAGCGGGAUGAAGGAGUGGUGGGUGCAGGUGGGGCUGCUCAGCGUCCCACUCCUGGCCGUGUACCUACACAUCCCACCCCCACGGCUCUCCCCAGCGCUGCUCUCCUGGAAGGCCUCUGGAGCUUUCUUCACCUACAAACACCAAAGCAUCUUCUACAGAGAUUCAACUGGCGCUGUGGGCAGCUCCGACAUUGUCAUCCUCCUGCAUGGCUUCCCAACCUCCAGCUAUGACUGGAGCAAGAUAUGGGAAGGACUGACCCAACGCUUCCACCGGGUGAUCGCUCUGGAUUUUGUAGGGUUCGGGUUCAGUGACAAGCCUAGGCCCCACCACUACUCCAUCUUUGAGCAAGCCAGCAUCGUCGAGCGGCUGGUCCGUCACCUCGGCCUCCACCACCAGAGGAUAAACCUCCUGUCCCACGAUUACGGGGAUACGGUUGCACAGGAGCUGCUCCACAGGUAUGAGCACAAUAAAACUGGCAGCAUCCUGAUCAACAGCCUCUGCUUGUCCAACGGAGGAAUUUUCCCUGAAACGUACUACCCCAGAUUCAUACAGAAGGUUCUCAAGGAUGGGGGCUUGCUGUCCCCCAUCAUCACGAGGCUGAUGAACUUCUUCUUCUUCUCUAGAGGGCUUGGCGCAGUCUUUGGGCCGUACACGCAGCCCUCACAGGCAGAGUACUGGGACAUGUGGACGGCGGUGAGGACCAACGACGGCAAUCUCGUCGUGGACAGUAUUUUGCAGUACAUAAACCAGAGGAAGAAGCACAGAGACCGCUGGGUCGGGGCUUUGAUGUCCACCUCUGUCCCACUGCAUUUAAUCUACGGGCCCCUGGACCCUGUGAAUCCACACCCAGAGUUUCUCCAGCUUUACAAAAAAAUGCUUCCCAUGUCCACAGUGUCGGUGCUGGAUGACCACAUCAGCCACUACCCCCAGCUGGAGGAUCCAACAGGCUUCCUGAAUGCAUAUUUGAACUUCAUCAACUCCUUCUGAGCUGCUGCAGCUCUGUUCUCUCUGUUUACAGCUCAAGAGACCUUGAGCUUUAUCUCCAGAUAAAUGGACUUUGAAUCUGUAAACCCUCCAAGUAUAGACAGUAUAGACGCUGUAUUUGCAACUGUCAAGGGGCAUCUAAGCACCCUAAUUUUGGCUUUGGUAAUCUCUUCUUACAUGGAAGUCAGCACAAGGUCCCUCCUUCCCCCUUUAUUUCCAGGACUUUUCACAGCUUGAAGCCCAGGAGAAAGCUGCAGUGGUGUUUGGUACAAUUUGAUAAGGUUCAGAGAAUUGAUAUUCCACAGUGCAAAAGGAAUAUGCCAUUCAUAGGUGAAGUUUAAUUUCUAUAUACAUCGGGUUUUUUGGUCUCUAUUUGACACAAAAUUGUUUUAAAAAUUGUACAUUUAUGGGCUAGCAGAGUCUGCAAGGUUUUGUUGUUUUUUAACUACUUGAAUUUAACAGCACCCCUUUAGGAAUAAGGGGCUUCUGCUAAUUAAACAGCCCCUAUGGGCUCAUUUUUUGAACUGAAGGCUUGGAAGCAGACGGAAUUAGAAGAAGAAUUUUCUAUUUUAUUGAACAGUCAUUCAUAGGAAUUCUACCAUUUGGACCAGCGUUUAUUUUCUGUUAAUAAAAAUCAGUUUUGACAAAA